AUGGCGUCGUCCACAGAUCCCCCCAUCUACGUCGUGUCCCUUCCUUACACGGCGAGGACCACCAUCGACGCCCCCUUCCCUGGCGAGAUCCCUCCAUCUACGUCGUGUCCCUCAGAGAUCCCCUUCCAUCUUCGUCGCCCAGAGGAAAAUGGACGGCAAUCCCAUCCAUCGGCGCCAAACCCUACCCAUCCACCAUAUUCGGCGCCCUCCCUUCCUUACGUGGCGCCAUCGGUGGGGAUAUCCCCCAAUCUGCUGGAAGGAGUCCGCGCCAAAUCAGAGCCCAAAAUUCGCGCCAAAUCCACGCUGGAUGAGGUGGUGGGGAGAUCCCCCAAUCUGCCCCCCUUCUACACGCCUACCAUGAACGGGAAUCCCUACCAUCGAGAAACCCCCUACCCAUCCUCCAUAGACGGCGCCCUCCUACUAACCACUGAAAAAUCCCUUCCACACGCCGACAACUUCAUCCUCCUCGCGUUUGUAAGUUCAAUUCUCAGAUUUAUGAUUUCAGAUGUUGAGUUGAUUUUGCAAAUUGAUAAGCGUUUUCUUUCAUACGGUAACUCUGCACGUGGACAGAAUCACAGCUCUGUUAGCACUGUUUUAUCAAGUUUUACAGUUUGUCUUGUCCUACUGCCUACUAUCUGCCUAGAGGGAGUGCCAAGGGGCUAGGGCUAUAGGUACUGUUGGUACAAGCUGGAUUUCAGACGCCUUUGAGGAGCUAGAAACUACACAAAAUUGUAAGCACAAUGCUUGGACCUCUUGCUUUUUUAGUUUGGUGGAUCUUUGUCAAACCAAUUUGGAUUCGUGAGUGUUGUAAUGGAUAUAACAUAGGCCAACCAUGAUAUAUGAUUAGUUUA